AGCCACAGACUCACUACAUUCGUUGGAAAUCGAGCAUUCACGGCUCAACAAUCAGGACUCGAGUAUCUGUCGGGCACUCCAGAUGGAAAAAUUAGUUUUGGAUUCUUUGGAACGACGCUUGAGGAUGAGCUCCUUGAGUGGGAAGACGGAUGCGGCAAGGGCAUAUUUGAAAUUAGGCAGGAGGACCUUGCUAACAGAAGUGUGCAUGUGGAUAGAGCGAGACAGCUGUACAAGUACUCCUCCACCCGGUUUGUCCCGCCAGUCCCUAUUAUACCCAGAUUGGACCAGUGUUACCCCGGAGCACACUUACCACAACCUCCGCCCACCCAGUUAGCGGAAGAAUACGCUCCCACCGUCCCAACCAG